AUGGAUCCUGUAUUAUCUAAAACAGAGUUGCAAGAAACAAAAUAUUCAAAGCGAGGCAAGUCAUGUGAUGUUAACCACACUUCUGACAGUCAGACUGCUCAAGUCUCGAGUCAGAAAGCAGAGAUCGAGAAAACAUGGAAUAAAUUUGUCGAGUCGUCCACUCUUCACGGUUUGCUUCACGUCUUCUCCAGCUCAACCAGAACGCGUCGCUUUCUAUGGGCUGUGCUUCUUUUGCUAGCAAUGAUGUGGUUUUCAUUUCAGUUCUUCAAGUUGAUUAAGAAGUACUACGGCUACCAGGUCACGACAAAAGUCAGUUUGAAAUACGACCCCAUGCCGACUUUUCCAGCGGUGACUAUCUGCAACUUCAACGUGUUCAAAAGGUCUGUGGUUAGAACGUCAGCGUAUGAAGAAAUUUUGCCCCAACUUCAUGCAUCCGUUGUUAAAAAAAUGGGCUUGCCCGAUGUCAAUGAUAGCAUUGACUUAAACAAAUAUCAUGACUUGAACCUCACACAGUUUUACAUCGAUGCAGGACACCAAAGCGAUGAUACUGUUGGUCAUUGCAUUUGGAACGGAAAACCGACCUGCGAUGACAGGAAUUUCACGUCCGUUCUGACAUCAAUGGGACUUUGCCACACUUUCAACUCAGGUAAAUUUCGAGAACAUUAAAAAUAAAUAAACACACUCAGCGACGAGUUUAAUUGGCAUUUUGAAUAAAGUCCGGGUGUAACGAGCGCUUCCAUUGGUUGAAAGAGCGUGUUUUAUCAGAGAACAAACACAGAACUAAAGCUAUCACGCCAUCUGCCAAUAUGUACAAUAUCCGACCAUCUCCUGGCUUUUUUUUUUCAAAAUUGACCCACAAGUCUGGCAUAACCUAUAGCACGAAAAUGAAAACGAGCUCUUAGCCUCAACCGGAUACAGAACAACGAAAAGGAACCCGAACUGAAAGAAGUAGCAUGCUUUGCAACAGAAGAGAGCACAAUCAAGGCGUGAUUGGACUAGUCUCAAGGAGCAAAACUGGCGCAAGAAGCUUUCCAAAAAUGGAAGGCUGUCUGUGAUUGGCCCAUCCUUGAAGAGAAGCAUUGUUUGACUGGAAGCAGCUGAUCCAGGCUUAGUAGAAUGUUGUAUGACAUCCCUGAACGGCAGCGAAGGAGACUAGAUUGAUACAGGCAAAUAUGUUGCGACCAAUUCUCUUUCUGCAUCAUUUAUCUUCCUUUCGGGAACUUACCGUACAUGACGGAGCGUUCUGUAAGGCUUUUUGUUCUUUCUCUGUGUAUUCUUUUGCAACUUUUUUGGUUAUUUUUUUUUUUCCAGGAAGAGAUGGUCAACCUAUACUGCGAGUGAAGCAGGGAGGUUCCAAUCGCGGAUUACACUUGAUAUUGAACGUUGGACAAGAGGAAUAUUACGGGACGGUAUCAUAUGCUGCCGGCCUCAAAGUUCUUGUUCAUGAUCAGCAGACUCUGCCACUGGUCUCUCAGCUUGGCUUUGCUGUGAGUCCUGGUACGAGUACAUUUGCAGCUUUAAAAAAACAACGGGUAAUAGAUUACAUUGUCUAAUACUGUCGGAUUUUUUUAUGUGAACUUAGUUUUGUCAUCUUAUGGGCUUAACAAGUGGAACUGCUUUUACCCCUAAGUUUCCUCUCACGACAUCUAUACAUUUUCGAGCAGAAAGGUGAUGAAAAGUUAGGAUGAUAUCAGUUACGGGAUAUCAUUAGAGUUCACUGCAAAUUUUCAAAUUCUACUUUUAGGAUUAGUAUCUUGAGAACUUUUGCAGUUCCCCUUCAUUCGAUUGUUACGUUAGUUUCUCGCGUAGUUUUAGGAUUCUUUUUCAUUCGAUUGUUACGUUAGCAUCUCUUGAAUUUUUAGAGGUCUCAUUCACCGGAUUGUUACGUCAGUAUCUCGUGCACUUUUGGGAUUCUCUUUCAUUGUGAUGUUACAUUAGUAUCUCGCGCGCUUUUAGGAUUAUCUUCCAAUGGACAGUUACGUUUAUAUCUGGUGCACUUCAAGGAUUUUUUUUUUGUUAGAUUGUUACGUCGGUAUCUCGCGCACUUUUAGAAUUGAUAUUCAGUGGAUUGUUACGUUAUUAUCUCGUGCGCUUUUACGAUCUUCUUUCAAUGGACUGCUAUCUUAGUAUCUGACGCAUUUUAAGGAUUCUCUUUCAUUGUAUUGUUACGUUAGUAUCUCGCACACUUGUAGGAUUAUCUUCCAAUGGACUGUUACGUUCGUAUCUGGUGCACUUUAAGGAUUCUUUGUUAUUAGAUUUUUACGUCGGUAUUUCGCGCACUUUUAGAAUUCUUAUUCAAUGGAUUGUUACGUUAUUAUCUCGUGCGCUUUUACGAUCUUCUUUCAAUGGACUGCUAUCUUAGUAUCUGGCGCACUUUAAGGAUUCUCUUUCGUUGGAUUGUUACGUUUUGUAUCUCACGCACUUUAAGCAUUCUUUUUCAUUGGAUUGUAACGUUAGCAUCUCACGCACUUUCAGGAUUUUUUUUAUUGGAUUUUUGCGUUAGCCUAUUGCACACUUUUAGGAUUCUUUCUUAUUGAAUUGUUACGUUAGCAUCUCGAGCACUUUCAGAGUUCUCAUUGAUAUGGAAUGUUACGUUAGUCUCUUGUGCCCUUUAGGAUUCAUUUUCGAUGGAUAGUUUCGUUAGUAUCUCGCGCACUCUCAAGAUUCUCUCUCGUCGGAGGUAGAUUAGUUUUAUGGACAAAGUAUAAGGCGCAUGAUGAAGUUAACCACAGAAACUCGGAAUUCUUUCGAAACUCAUUUGAAAAUUGCUCUGAAAUUGAAGUUUUUUUUAACCACAGACACUCAAUCUUCCAAAACCUUAUGAGGGAAACUGCUAUGACAAAGAGAUUACUAGCAUACCUGGCUAUAACAAGUACACGAUUCCUUCUUGCCAAGAGAUUUGUGUAACCAACUUUGUAAUUAAUAAGUGUGGAUGCAGGGACGCUUUGAUGCCAGGUAAGUCAUUAAAGGUGCGUUUCGCUAACCAUUUGUUAGUCUGUGAGCAGGCGCUCAUCAGAUCAGCGGCCUAGGACGCACACUUUUAUGCCCGUUGGGGAUCUUAUCAAUAUAUAUGUAAAUCUUGAUUAUAGUCUAUCUUUUCUUUAUAGUGCUUGAUAUGUUCGCAGAGUGUGGUAUAUCUGAAAGUUGGACAAAUCAAUAAGACAACUUUUCUGUGACUCUGAUGAGUUUCACGCUUACGCGAUCAUCAGACAGAUUUUAAUAUUUUAAUCUAAUAUUACUAAGACGAUAAAUCGCCUCAGAGUCAGUGGCUAGUGGUGAAUAUCAACCUCGCUGCUUCACCACUCCCACUUCAGUGACUAGUUGCUAAUGCACAGGAGCCGAUGGGGCUUCUGAUAUGAUGUACUUCGUUACAAAUUAUACAUCUUGAUCCCCAAGCAAAAACUCAGCUUAAUUCAGGUUCUAUAAUUCUUUUUCUUGCUCAAACUGUUAGGUCUUUUAGAUGACAGGUAUUCAUGAGUAACUCAUGACGGUAAAAAUUAAGCAAUGCAUUUGUAACAGUGUUUGUCCUUCUCAACAUUUUAGCUUGUCAUUUUUGCAAAACCAUUAUUUCGUAUCAAUAAUACUCUUGUUAUUGGGUUAUGACUUAUUAAAGAUCAUACUGCUAAAUGUAAAUUGAGCGCCUGUGAAUAACUUUACACACUUUUGCGCAUAAAUAAUAUCAUACCAAAGUUUACAGGUACGUAUUGUGAAGUGUCAGCCGUCAUUUCGACCCAUUCCUCAUGGGUGCACGGGCGAGAGAUAGGGCUUCAACUGGGGGCUUGAGGCGAGGAGACCACUUACCUAUCAGAUUAAUAGAUGCCGGCGUGCGCGGAAAAAUUGGGUUAAUUUUUUUAUAAAAACCUAUAAGAAAAUCAGUGCUCUUGUUAAUUUUUGCUUCUCUCGGUUUUUUCACAGACAUAAACAACACCAAAGUGUGUGGAUUGCGCGAAAUCAAGAAUUGCCUGGAGAAAGAGAUGAGUAUGUAGACAUUUAUAUUACUUGGUUUUAUAAUAGUUAUGAUAAAAUCUGUUAAAUCGCGUGUAUUUGGGAACGAAUAAUCUCGUACCCAGAUCUUACCGUGUGACUGUAACUGAAAUGUACACUUUCAAUCGUUUGGCCGUAGAAGGUCUGAGUAAGAGACUGAAAAACGAGAGUAUAACAAGUGUUUCAUCAAGAUUCAUUUACUUUCCAAUUCCAACCGCCUGUCAUCACGAAUGAAUGAGGCAGGCCAAGACGUAACUGGAAUACUUCCUUAGCCUUUCACUGCAUACCCUCAAAGCAUUUACAGGAGGAUUCCUCCCAUCCACAAGCCCUCUCAAAAUGUCAUGACAAUGGGAUUUUGAACUCGCUUGUAUUUGGAAGGUCAAAAAUUCACUAAGGUGAAAAUGUUUUUAUUGCCUCUUUCAGUCAACUUUCACAGUAGAAUAGAUGACCAGUGUGAGUGCCCAGUACCUUGUGAUUCAAUCUCCUACAAUCCCAUAUUGUCAUACGCUGACUUUCCGAGUAACAAUUUUAUCAAAACUUCCAUCGAACAACAAGGACUCAAUCUUACAACAGAUUCAUUGGAAGAGAAACAAGAAUACAUGAGGUAAUUGUAUUGUAGUUUCGAAAGGUGAAAAUUGUGUUGAGCCAUGGAGCAACAAAAGUUAAAGUGGCUGAGCAAAAGUCAAACAAAAGUUAGCGAGCGUUGACCCUGAAUUAGGUAUACAAGGGUUGAUAAAAGUUUGGGGAGGUUAAUAACGAGCUUGGACACUGAAUAAGGUACACAGUGGUCAGAUUCACGGUAGGAGAGGACGGUAGUAGAUGAAAACAUCCUCUAUCCUCCGGUUCCUAAUACUGUUUUUAAUUUUAACUACAGAUGGCCUCCAUUAAGAGUUAAAAAUAAGCUACUUAGAAGUGGACCUUGAAGUAAAGUUUCGUGGGAUAUCCUAAGCCCCUAAAUAUGACCAGAUGCGACUCAAUUAGCCAUAUUUCUCUCAUUUCAAUGACGAGCUUAGCGUUAUAUCAAGUAACAGAAUGAUAUCGAUCCUCACAGGUGAAACUGAAUUUAGAAAGAUAAUUUUCCUGACUCCCAGCGAGGAGUGUCAAUAAUUCAGUUGGUAGUAACACCUAACCGAGCUCCAAGGAGGCAUGGGUUCGAGGUCCGUCGUGCUUUUUCAUCUGUGAGGUCAUUUUGUUAUUCGCUAUCACAAAAAGUUCGAAAUACAAUUUCUCUCAAUGAUUUGUGAUGAGGCAGUUUCAUUGAUAAGUCUCUUGGGGUCAGGUACAUAUAAAACCAAACUGAAAUUAUAUAAACAGCCAGUAAAAUCAGAAAAUGCUGACAUUUCACUUGGAAAAUGACACCUGAAAAAAUCUGAUAGCGGGAUACGAGUGGAGCGUUGUCCACGGCCCCACGCCAUUUGGACCGUCAGUGAAAUUAAAUAGAGGAUUAAUAUUUUCCAUCCCUGUAGCCGGCUACCUGCACUUAACUUUUUAUUUCAUAUUUAAUACUUCAACAGCCAGAAUCAGCUGGAACUGCGCGUGUAUUUUCAAGAACUUAAUUACCAAGUCAUCGAGGAAAUACCUGCUUAUAACUAUGAAAGUCUGUUAGGUACGUGUCGGCGUAAGAUCCACAAAUUGGACUAGUUCUCUCAAAGUGCAUGGUCCAGUCGUCUGGGACAAAAAGAUUUGGUGAUAACAGAGCAAUCAAAUUUUUCGUUGAGAAAAGCUCUGGGAGGCUUAAUUUUGGAAUAUGUCAAUAGAAUAUGUUAGAUAUAUCUUAUAUUUUACAAUAUGUCACUUGUAAUUGUCACUUUUAGAAAAGAUCCUCUUUACGGUCGGGUGCUCAGUUGCCAGGCCUCUGAGAAAGGUCCAGGCCGAAAGUGACGUCACUGUGGUAAUGAUCCCGGUGUUUCUUAACUGUAAAUUACUUCUUUAUCGUGCCAACAAUUUGCUCCUUUCUAUCGAUCAUGAAGGUACCCAUGGUUUCUCUCUCUUUAAAAGCUUGACAGCUUUAUUAUAACUGUGAGAAUGAACAUUUAGAAAAAGAAUCCUAGUCUAUCACAUAAUUGUUGCUGGAGGUCAAAAAGACUAAGAUCUUCAUAUCUUCUUUUCACCACAGGUGAAAUCGGCGGUCAAGUUGGUCUCUGUGUUGGAGCCAGUCUCUUGACCGUGCUUGAAUUCUUUGACGUCAUAAUUGCUAUCGUCGGGAUACGGCUGGGAUUUAGAUAAAAUCACACACUGAACGAUAUAAUAGCAUACAGCAGGAGCCCAUUGCUGCUUACAGUGAGGCCUUAAACUAAUGUAAAAAAUUGAAACAAAUCUUCAGGCUUUCACCGAUCCAUGCAUCACCAGAUGAUCAGACCUUUCAAGCCAAAGAGAUUGACUUGCAAAGUUUAGGUCUUUGAUUUAACCUCUAGACAUGCAACUGGCCCCCAGAAUCACAAGCUAAGCUAGGCGUUUUAGCAAGCUUGUGCAGCUGCGAAUAACCCCCGUGAAUUACAAGCUUAGCUGGUUGGUUAGCAAGUUAGUGCAUUUUAAACAUAGCGAGAGUCUUCUCUGUAAUCAUUAAUGUUUAAGCAAAGCAUGUCUUCUUCAGUUUAGAAAGCAAUCGGUAUACUCGCGAAUGGUCACACGCAGUAGAAAGCAAACGACUGCGGUAAAGCCUUUUUGAAAAACGUCAUGUCAUCCCUGGCAAUGCCGCCCUAACUCACCUUCCCCAAACCAAGUAACCAAAAUCAUUCCUCAAUAUUACUCUGUUACUAUCUGUAAACUCAAGUCAACAAGUCUGUAAAAGUUGUUGAGUUCAUUAAUUCAAUAAGUAAUCUGUCUGUCAAAUUUUCAGGAAACAAAUAUUACUGGCGAUGUGACAUCUGUGUGGCUUUACUUGGUGGUGAGGUCCCUAAGCCUGAGACUUACGUGACUGAGGGAAGACUGGGGGGUGACUUGGAAAUGGGGCGACGUGACUUCCAUUCUGUAAAGGAUAAUUAAAUUACGGACUUGAAUCCAGUCAUGCGUCAACAUUAAGUUGCUUGGUUGGUUACGCAAAGGAAUUGACAACUAGAGCAUCCACUGUGGUCUCCGAAACCUUGAUGUUUUACCGUAGGUAGAUAAAAGCGACGAUUUGCUUUCUUUAGAGGAAAUACAAAGGUGAAUAAGACCUUGAAAAAAAAGAAAGGUGAAAAGGAAAAAUAAAUAAACUAAAAGGGAUUUGAGCCCACGACUCUUUCAUAAUAGCGGUGUAGUGGGUUAACCAACCGAGUCGUCAAGGCAACUGGAAGCUGGUCAAAAUGGAAUAUUCAUCUUCAUUAUCUUUCUCAUAUUCCUUUUACGCCAGAGCUUAAACAUGUUUUAAAGCUGUUUUGUUAAACAAGGGGUUUGUUUCCUCCAGUAAGCACAUUAAAAAGACAAGCUAGUGUAUACCUGAAACCUAUGGAAUAGAAUAAACUAGUUCUCCAGUUAUCUAUUUCUGAUUUUCAUUCAGUCAAACUCAGCUUAACUAAACGUGUUUUGCUGGUGUAAUGGGGUAUCAGUCUAUAACAAGGGAAUAUCAACCAUUUAAUAUUCUCUUGGUCAUUUAAUAGUCUUCAAAAAAACGGCCUGCCCUUCAUAUAAGUUAACUGAUUAUUAAUUCAGUGCGGAAGAUGAAAAGUUAUUAAUUAUUAAGCGGAUUAUCAUCAUUGAAAUACAUCUCACCGCAAGAUAAUUGAAAUAUUUCACGGCAAGCUCCAUUUAUCGUACAUAAAAAAAAUGAACAUCUGCUUUUCAUUUCCAACUAAAUUUGAAAAGACGCUACCUGCUUAAAGUGUCUGUGACAAGUUUUUUUUUUUUUCAUUUUCUGGUUGAUAGCUAUAUUUGAAAUUAGAAAUAAUUGACCUUAGCGCCUAACAAGUUCUCCUUUAUUUGGCGAUCAAAAAGUGUCCCCAUUAAGCGAGCGACCAAAACGAUCAUGUUACAUAGCCGUGACAUAGAAAACUGUGAAUACAUGUCGGCAACUAUGAUCGAGAAAGGAGAAAUUUAGAAGAAAGGACGAACGUAUUGCGUGGCUGGAGCAUGUGCAUAACAUUUAUUUAUUUUUUAGUUUGUCACCUGUUUAAACAGUGGUCAUAGUUUUUCUUUUAUUAAUGACUUUACUUGAGAAACACCAAAUGCAAAAUAAUAAAUUUUGAAGGGAUAACUAAGAUCGAUACACCUAAAAAAAAACCUUAGUUUUUGCUUCAACUUUUCACAUCUAUAACCUGUUAUAACAAAAGUAUGUAUAUAUAUAUAUAUAUAUAUAUAUAAUUUUAAACAACAUACCGUAGUUAUUCGGUUAUAAGGCGCACCAUUUUUUUCAAGAAUUUCCUAAUUUCUACUAAAAAUUACCGCCAAAGUUUGGGUGCGUCUUAUAGGCGAAUAUUUUCCCGAAAUAAUUUUUUCUAUCACAGUUAUUGGUACGAUUUCAAGCAAAUAAAAGGACACACAGUGUUGGUCAUUGACUUUUAUAAAUAUGGUGGUUCUGAAAAGAACCGGGGUGGUUCUGAAAAGAACCGUAUUAAAUUUCCACCUCGGAUUUUAUCAUUUCAGUGAAGCUAAAUUGCAAAUAAACAAAUGAUGCCCAAUGAUUAUUCCUUUUGAUCAAAGUACUUAAGCAGGUGCUUCUGUCAAAUUUAUCCCAUGAUUGCACGAAAAUAGUUUUUAGGGGAAGACAAGGGUCCACUAUGGAUCUCCUGGCUUUUUUUUUUUUAAACAUUGACCCACAAGUCUGGCAUAACCUAUAGCACGAAAAUAAAAACGAGCUCUUAGCUUCAACCGGAUACAGAACAACGAAAAGGAACCCGAACUGAAAGAAGUAGCGCGCUUUGCAACAGAACAGAGCACAAUCAAGGCGUGAUUGGACUAGUCUCAAGGAGCAAAACUGGCGCGAGAAGCUUUCCAAAAAUGGAAGGCUGUCUGUGAUUGGCCCAUCCUAGGAGAGAAGCAUUGCUCGAGUGGAAGCAGCUGAUCCAGGCUUAGUAGAAUGUUGUAUGACACCCCUGAACGGCAGCGAAGGAGACUACAUUGAUACGGGCAAAUAUGUUGCGACCAAUUCUCUUUCUGUAUCAUUUAUCUUCCUUUCGGGAACUUACCGUACAUGACGGAGCGUUCUGUAAGGCUUUUUGUUCUUUCUCUGUGUAUUCUUUUGCAACUUUUUUGGUUAUUUUUUUAUAUUUUUCCAGGAAGAGAUGGUCAACCUAUACUGCGAGUGAAGCAGGGAGGUUCCAAUCGCGGAUUACACUUGAUAUUGAACGUUGGACAAAAGGAAUAUUACGGGACGGCAUCAUAUGCUACCGGCCUCAAAGUUCUUGUUCAUGAUCAGCAGACUCUGCCACUGGUCUCUCAGCUUGGCUUUGCUGUGAGUCCUGGUACGAGUACAUUUGCAGCGUUAAAAAAAUUACGGGUAAUAGAUUACAUUGUCUAAUACUGUCGGAUUUUUUUAUGUGAACUUAGUUUUGUCAGCUCAUGGGCUUAACAUGUGGAACUGCUUUAACCUUUAAGUUUCCUCUCACGACAUCUAUACAUUUUCGAGCAGAAAGGUGAUGAAAAGUUAGGAUGUCUUGAGAACUUUUGCAGUUCCCCUUCAUUCGAUUGUUACGUUAGUUUCUCGCGUAGUUUUAGGAUUCUUUUUCAUUCGAUUGUUACGUUAGCAUCUCUUGAAUUUUUAGAGUUCUCAUUCACUGGAUUGUUACGUCAGUAUCUCGUGUACUUUUGGGAUUCUCUUUCUUUGUGAUGUUACAUUAGUAUCUCGCGCACUUUUACGAUUAUCUUCCAAUGGACAGUUACGUUUGUAUCUGGUGCACUUCCAGGAUUUUUUUUUAUUAGAUUGUUACGUCGAUAUCUCGCGCACCUUUAGAAUUGAUAUUCAGUGAAUUGUUACGUUAUUAUCUCGUGCGCUUUUACGAUCUUCUUUCAAUGGACUGCUAUCUUAGUAUAUGGCGCACUUUAAGGAUUCUCUUUCAUUGUAUUGUUACGUUAGUAUCUCGCACACUUUUAGGAUUAUCUUCCAAUGGACUGUUACAUUCGUAUCUGGUGAACUUUAAGGAUUCUUUGUUAGUAGAUUGUAACGUCGGUAUUUCGCGCACUUUUAGAAUUCUUAUUCAAUGGAUUGUUCCGUUAUUAUCUCGUGCGCUUUUACGAUCUUCUUUCAAUGGACUGCUAUCUUAGUAUCUGGCGCACUUUAAGGAUUCUCUUUCGUUGGAUUGUUACGUUUUGUAUCUCACGCACUUUAAGCAUUCUUUUUCAUUGGAUUGUAACGUUAGCAUCUCACGCACUUUUAGGAUUUUUUUCAUUGAAUUGUUGCGUUAGUCUCUUGCACACUUUUAGGAUUCUUUCUUAUUGAAUUGUUACGUUAGCAUCUCGAGCACUUUCAGAGUUCUCAUUGAUAUGGAAUGUUACGUUAGUCUCUUGUGCCCUUUAGGAUUCAUUUUCGAUGGAUAGUUUCGUUAGUAUCUCGCGCACUCUCAAGAUUCUCUCUCGUCGGAGGUAGAUUAGUUUUAUGGACAAAGUAUAAGGCGCAUGAUGAAGUUAACCACAGAAACUCGAAAUUCUUUCGAAACUCAUUUGAAAAUUGCUCUGAAAUUGAAGUUUUUUUUUAACCACAGACACUCAAUCUUCCAAAACCUUAUGAGGGAAACUGCUAUGACAAAGAGAUUACUAGCAUACCUGGCUAUAACAAGUACACGAUUCCUUCUUGCCAAGAGAUUUGUGUAACCAACUUUGUAAUUAAUAAGUGUGGAUGCAGGGACGCUUUGAUGCCAGGUAAGUCAUUAAAGGUGCGUUUCGCUAACCAUUUGUUAGUCUGUGAGCAGGCGCUCAUCAGAUCAGUGGCCUAGGACGCACACUUUUAUGCCCGUUGGGGAUCUUAUCAAUAUAUAUGUAAAUCUUGAUUAUAGUCUAUCUUGUCUUUAUAAUGCUUGAUAUGUUCGCAGAGUGUGGUAUAUCUGAAAGUUGGACAAAUCAAUAAGACAACUUUUCUGUGACUUUGAUGAGUUUCACGCUUACGCGAUCAUCAGACAGAUUUUAAUAUUUUAAUCUAAUAUUACUAAGACGAUAAAUCGCCUCAGAGUCAGUGGCUAGUGGUGAAUAUCAACCUCGCUGCUUCACCACUCCCACUUCAGUGACUAGUUGCUAAUGCUCAGGAGCCGAUGGGGCUUCUGAUAUGAUGUAAUUCGUUACAAAUUAUACAUCUUGAUCCCCAAGCAAAAACUCAGCUUAAUUCAGGUUCUAUAAUUCUUUUUCUUGCUCAAACUGUUAGGUCUUUUAGAUGACAGGUAUUCAUGAGUAACUCAUGACGGUAAAAAUCAAGCAAUGCAUUUGUACCAGUGUUUGUCCUUCUCAACAUUUUAGCUUGUCAUUUUUGCAAAACCAUUACUUCGUAUCAAUAAUACUCUUGUAAUUGGGUUAUGACUUAUUAAAAAUCAUACUGCUAAAUGUAAAUUGAGCGCCUGUGAAUAGCUUUACAUACUUUUGCGCAUAAAUAAUAUCAUACCAAAGUUUACAGGUACGUAUUAAGAAGUGUAAGCCAUCAUUUCGACCCAUUCCUCAUGGGUACACGAGCGAGAGAUAGGACUUCAACUGGGGGCUUGAGGCGAGGAGACCACUUACCUAUCAGAUUAAUAGAUGCCUGCGUGCGCGGAAAAAUUGGGGUUCAUUUUUUAUAAAAAUAAAAACCUAUAAGAAAAUCAGUGCUCUUGUUAAUUUUCGCUUCUCUCGACUUUUUCACAGAAAUAAACAACACCAAAGUGUGUGGAUUGCGCGAAAUCAAGAAUUGUCUAGAGAAAGAGAUGAGUAUGUAGAAAUUUAUAUUACUUGGUUUUAUAAUAGUUAUGAUAAAAUCUGUUAAAUCGCGUGUAUUUGGGAACGAAUAAUCUCGUACCCAGAUCUUACCGUGCGACUGUAACUGAAAUGUACACCUUCAAUCGCUUGGCCAUAGAAGGUUUGAGUAAGAGAGUGACAAACGAGGGUAUACCAAGUGUUUCAUCAAGAUUCAUUUACUCUCUAAUUCCAACUGCCUGUCAUCACAAAUGAAUGAGGCAGGCCAAGAAGUGACUGGGAAACUUCCUUAGCCUCUCACUGCAUGCCCUCAAAGCAUUUACAGGAGGAUUCCUCCCUGGCCCUCCACAAGCCCAUUCACAAUGUCAUGACAAUGGCGUUUUGAACUCGCUUGUAUUUGGAAGGUCAAAAAUUCACUUAUAUAAAAAUGUUUUUAUUGCUUCUUUCAGGUAACUUUCACAGUAGAAUAGAUGACCAGUGUGAGUGCCCAGUACCUUGUGAUUCAAUCUCCUACAAUCCCAUAUUGUCAUACGCUGACUUUCCGAGUGACAAUUUUAUCGUUAAUUAUAUCGAAGAACAAGGAGGACCCAAUCUUACAACAGAUUCAUUGGAAGAGGAACAAGAAAGGCUGAGGUAAUCGUAUUUUAGUUUCGAAAGGUGAAAAUUUUGUUGAGCCCUGGAGCAACCAAAGUUAAAGUGGAUGAGCAAAAGUCAAACAAAAGUUAGCGAGCGUUGACCCUGAAUUAGGUAUACAAGGGUUGAUAAAAGUUUGGGGAGGUUAAUAACGAGCUUGGACACUGAAUAAGGUACACAGUGGUCAGAUUCACGGUAGGAGAGGACGGUAGUAGAUGAAAACAUCCUCUAUCCUCCGGUUCCUAAUACUGUUUUUAAUUUUAACUACAGAUGGCCUCCAUUAAGAGUUAAAAAUAAGCUACUUAGAAGUGGACCUUGAAGUAAAGUUUCGUGGCAUAUCCUAAGCCCCUAAAUAUGACCAGAUGCGACUCAAUUAGCCAUAUUUCUCUCAUUUCAAUGACGAGCUUAGUGUUAUAUCAAGUAACAGAAUGAUAUCGAUCCUCACAGGUGAAACUGAAUUUAUAAAGAUAAUUUUCCUAACUCCCAGCGAGGAGUGUCAAUAUUUCAGUUGGUAGUAACACCUAACCGAGCUUCAAGGGGGCAUGGGUUCGAGGUCCGUCGUGCUUUUUCACCUGUGAGGUCAUUUUGUUAUUCGCUAUCACACAAAGUUCGAAAUACAAUUUCUCUCAAUGAUUUGUGAUGAGGCAGUUUCAUUGAUAAGUCUCUUGGGGUCAGGUACAUAUAACACCAAACUGAAAUUAUAUGAACAGCCAGUAAAGUCAGAAAAUGCUGACAUUUCACUUGGGAAAUGACACCUGAAAAAAUCUGAUCGCGGGAUACGAGUGGAGCGUUGUCCACGGCCCCACGCCAUUUGGACCGUCAGUGAAAUUAAAUAGAGGAUUAAGAUUUUCCAUCCCUGUAGCCUGCUACCUGCACUUAACUUUUUGUUUCAUAUUUAAUACUUCAACAGCCACAAUCUGCUGGAACUGCGCGUGUAUUUUCAAGAACUUAAUUACCAAGUCAUCGAGGAAAUACCUGCUUUUAACUAUGAAAGUCUGUUAGGUACGUGUCGGCGUAAGAUCCACAAAUUGGACUUAAGAUCUCUUUAAGUACAUGGUCCAGUCGUGUGGGAUAAAAAGAUUUAGUCAUUUCAGAGCAAUCAAAUUUUUCGUUGAGCAAAGCUCCGGGAUGGCUUAAUUUUCUGUCAGACUGACUGCUCCCUUCUAAUUGUCACUUUGGGUGCUUAGUUGCCAGGCCUCUGGAGAAGGUCCAGGCCAAAAGUGACGUCACUUUGGUUAUAAUCCCGGUGUUUCUCAACUGCAAAUUACUUCUAUAUCGUGCCGACAAUUUCCUCCUUUCUAUCGAUCAUGAAGGAACCCAUAGUAUCUCUCCUCUUCAAAACCUUGACAGCUAUGCCUAUAACAGUGACAAUGAACAUUAUAGAAAGAUCCUAGUUUAUCACAUUAUAAUUGUUGUUGGAGGUCAAAAAGACUAAGAUCUUAAUGCUUGCUUUUCACCACAGGUAAAAUCGGCGGUCAAGUUGGUCUCUGUGUUGGCGCCAGUCUCUUGACCGUGCUUGAAUUCUUUGACGUCAUAGUUACUAUCGUCGGGAUACGGCUGGGAUUUAGAUAAACUCACAGACUGAACCGUAUGAUAGUUUUCAGUGAGGCCCUAUACUACUAUAAAAAAAUAGAAAUGAGGCCUCUGUAGCCGAAGAGAUUUAAUUUAGCCUCUAGACACAAAAAUCGCCCCCAAAAUCAUAAGCUUCAGCAAACUUGUGUGGCUGCGAGUAACCUCGUGAAUCACAAGCUUAACCAGUUGGGUCAUUUUAAACUUAACGAGAGUCUUCUCUUUAAUCAUAAAUGUUUAUCCAAAGCAUAACUUCUUUAGUUAAGAAAGCAAUCAGUAUCAUACUCGCGAAUGGUCAUACGCAAUAGAAAGAAAAACGACUGCGGUAAAGCCUUUUUAAUAUAGGUCAUGUCAUCCCUGGCAAUGCCGCCCCAACUCACCUCUCCCAAGCCAAGUAACCAAAAUCAUUCCUCAGUAUUACUAUAUCGCUAUCUGUAAACUCAAGUCACCAAGUAUGAAAAAGUUACUGAAUUCAAUAACUAAUGGUGUAAUGGGGUAUCAGUCUCUAACAAGAGAAUAUCAACCAGUUAAUAUUCUCUUGGUCUGUAACUAGUCUUCAUUUCUCUCCCCUAAUUUCAACGCUUUUCCAGGCCUGAUAACAUACUCGAGUUAGAUACGCAUUGCCGUAGGCGAUUGAGAAUUUCCAAGGAGCUGACUUGAGGGAUUGAAAUGUGUUUGGCAAGAGCAAGCACUGCCAUUCGUUAUUAUUGAACACGAUUCAUUGGUAUUGACUUUUAGAAUAGUUCAAAGUAAUUAAGAGAAUAUCGGAAAUCCUAUUUCUUAAAUAAAUCGAUUAGCCAUUCUUGCCUCUAUGAAAAACUCUGAAAAUAAGAUUGAAAACUUAUUUGCAGAGAUGUCCUAAUUUGUCCGCUCCAUGUAUUGUUUAGUAACAAUUUCUUUGAGCUUACCGAAGAGCGUUGGACAACUUUGGUAAGUAGAUACAUUUAAAUAGAUAAAAAAAGUUACAUGGUGUCAAUUUAGUAAUUUUCAAUGGCCCUUUUAAGACAAAAUGCUUGAAAAAAGAAAAUCUAUCAUUAAAACACUAAGCUUUCUUACUGUUAAGUUAAAUGCCAGUGAAGGAAAUCACUAAUUUUAAGUCAAAUUGAACCUUGCCAAACUUCAUCUGGUAAAUAACAUUGCUUAGGGGGAAAAAUGAUUCAGGAUUAAAUCUUGUGUAAGUCAACUCCUCUUAGCGCACAAUGAAAUUGGUAAACAUCUGGGUGCUGGUCUAGAGACUGAUCUGAUUCUGUUGGACUUUGCAAAGGCAUUUGACUGUCUGCCUCACCAAACCGCUUCAGAAACUAAGUUGGUUUGGUGUGCAUGGUCCUCUUCUCGCUUGGUUUGAAAACUACCCCAGCCAUCGAAUGCAACGCGUGGUCGUCAAUGGAUCUUUCUCAAACUGGAACCCGUUAAAGUCUAGUGUCCCUCAAGGAUCCAUACUGGGACCCAUUUUGUUCUUAGUGUAUGUUAAUGACUUACCAAAUGCUUUAAGUCACUGCACAUCGGCAAUGUUCGCUGAUGACUCCAAAUUACUUAAAGUAUAAGGAACUACCGUCUUUCGUCAAAAAAUUAAAAUCUUUCUUUUAUCUAAGACUUAGCAAAGUUUUCAAUCAAGACGACAUCCGUUCUUUUAAAAUAGUUUGUGUAAAAUGUCGUCGUUUCAAUGCUCUUAAUUCUGCAUGCAUAUUAAUCAAUUAGUUUUUUUUUUCUUUUUCUCUUUCGUUUUAAUGAUUAGAUAUUUUGUUAUUUCCUAGUAAGUGGGUUGUGUUUCAAUUUUGUCUGUUUGUAGGGGAUGGAGAAAGGUAAUUUACCUAGUAGGGGGCAACAUUGUCCUGUUGUAAAUCUACCUGCCUUUGGCAAAUUGUUAAAUUAAAAAAAUAAAUUUUAAAAAUGUAGGAUUCGUGGCGCCAACUAAAGGUUUUAAAACCUGACCUUGGCAAAAGCCCUGUAGCAUUAAUGACUCAAAAUAAAAUGAGAUCUAUUUUUCUCGAUUUCAUUCCAUUUUGUCAAAUGAGGAUCGUCAAAACUGAUUUGUAUGCCACCUUGCUUUUCAUUUUUUUCCUUUUCCUUUUGCAUUUUCAUUAUUGUGUAUCCAGCUGUUGGUUUUACGAAGAAGUGAAUGUUUUGUAAAUAGUCGCCAGCCGGUCACGACUGUAAUUAAGAUUUUGACGAUAUCAUUUCUGUUAUAUGACAGGGAUCCAAAGCUUAAGGCACGACAACUCGACACGGCCACGAAAAUUUCAAAUGCGACAGUAAAAAUAUUCAAAUUUUAUCACGUGAUACAAAAUGCCGCUGUGUGAUUGGUCUGGCCCUCGUGAUAGCAGAUAAACUACUCCUAUUGGCAUUUAAAACACCGCAGGCAUACAAGCAGGCAAUGCUACAUUUCAAAGUUGGGUUAUUCUGAUUAAAAACAAAAGACAAAAAUGAAUGCUUCGAAAACUCAACCUGGCGGUUCUGUUGUUUUAGAAAUGUCAGGAACUGAAGGAUUACCACCUAAUUUUGAUUCAAAAAUAAAUGGCACAGCGAGGAACAAAAUCAACCCCGAGUGUAACGACGUGUCUGGGGAAGACGCGUCCAAGACGUCUGCAAUCAGAGAACUAUGGAAUGGUUUCGUGGAAAAUACAACUCUUCAUGGUUUAUCUUAUGUGGUUACCGGUAAAUCGAGGAUUCGUCGCAUUCUCUGGGCUGUGUUUCUUUUGACGGCAAUUGCGUUUUUUUCAUAUCAGUCCAUCAGCAUGUUAAAGAAGUAUUUCAGCUUCCCAAACACCACAAAAGUCAGUUUGAAAUACGAUUCGAUGCCGGAUUUUCCAGCCGUGACUAUUUGCAACUUCAACAUGUUCAGAAGUUCUGUUGUUAAAAAUUUGACUUCGUUAGGACUGGGUGGAGCUACAUAUGAAAAUGUAGACUUCAGCACAAUAACCAACAAUACACAAUUUUUAUUCGAUGCGGGACAUCAAAUCAAUGAUACUAUGCAUUCUUGUCUGUGGGGCGGUAAACAGACCUGCGAUUACAGGAAUUUCACUCCAGUUUUGACCAAUAUGGGGCUUUGCCACACAUUUAAUUCAGGUAUGUUUUGGGAUUUCUUGAUCUUAACAAGCCUUCUUUUUUUCUUUGAGAAUCCGUCAAGGUCUUCAUUAUUUAUGCAGAUACUUUAUUUUCGAAGCAUCAGGGCUGUAAUUUGCGUUAUUUUGUUAUUGUUUUCAAGUCGAUCUAUAAUUACAACCGAGUGAUCUGGAACGUUUGCCAAGACGCAAAGAUUUAAUCCGUGUAGAUCACUGUUACGAUUACUGUUUGACGGAAAAAUUCAUCUUCGGUAAAAUUGUUUACUUUAAAUGAUUAUAAAUUAUUAAUAUGGAUAAGUUGAGGGACUUACGUACGGACGGACGGACGGACCAAUGGGUGGAUGGAUUGAGUGAUUGAUUCUCAGAUUUUUCAGGGAAGGAUGGUCAAAGUGUUUUGAAGGUCAAUGAGGCAGGAGCAGACUCUGGACUUUAUUUGAUACUAAACGUACAACAAUAUGAAUAUUUUGGAAUUCAAGCAAUUAGCGCCGGCCUCAAGAUACGUGUUCAUCGUCAGAAUACUCUGCCUAUAGUUGGUCGGCUUGGAUUUUCUGUUGGUCCUGGCACAAGCGUAUUUGCAGGGAUACGAAAAAAGAGGGUAUGUAAUAUAGGGAAGGAUAAGAGGUCUGUUUAAACAUACUAACCGUAACAAACGAAUGGGCCUGUCCCGAUUGAGCUCGGCAACUUUUGGCGUUAAGAACAACUUUUUGCGGUUCUAGCAAGGUUUGCCUCUCUGAGAAAUUUGUAAGCAAAGUGUAGGUUUUGAGCACAUGUCAAGCACGUAAAAGUCAACGAUUUUAAAUAAAACUUUGAGGAUAUAGGGUUUUAGGUCCUAAGAAUGCAAUCCGUAGGGCUUGUUUCGUUCAAGUUUCCUCAUAUCGUUCGACAAGGCUUCAAAUGAACAACCAUGUGUUUUGUUCCUUUAGACUUAAGUGUAUCGUUAAAUUUCGCCCCUAUUUGCGAGCAACUCUUUAAAGUUAAGUUUCAAGCGGUUUUUUUGACCGAUCUUAACAUUUAUUGGGAAGAACGGAAACGUGUCCAAAAAAGAAGGCAGCAAUUCUUCUUUUCCUGCACCUCUUUUUCUAUCUGAAACACCGCGAGGUUUUCCUUUCUUGCCUUCUUUCCUUUUGUUUUGUUUUGUUUCGGUGUUGAACAUUUUUUGGAAGCCUUGGGUCUGCCUCGAAGAGGGCUCCUGGACCACUAAAAGCUCGAAUUUGGUGUAUCAAAUUAUAAGUCAAACAAAAAAACUAUGAAACAACAUUUAAGUAUUCUCUCGUUCUGUAACAAAAAAACCUAGAGCUUUUCCAUCUCUCCGUCUAUUUUUUGCAGGUCAUAAGUCUCCCAAAACCGUACGAAAGCAACUGCUACGAUGGAAAGAUGGAUGCCAUAUCUGAUUAUACGACGUACACUGUUUCAUCAUGUAUGUCGCUCUGUGAGACCAGGUUUUCCAUAAAAGAAUGCGGUUGUAGAAGCGUGCAAAUAUCUGGUGAGUUUUCAAAUGAUAGGCUCUUCUUAAUUACUGAGCUUACCUUGGUAAUUUCUCGUUUGGGACGAUAAUACACUUGCAAAUUGACAUUCAAGGGGAGGGGGGGAUUUCACUUGGAAAUCUUCUGGAAGUUUGCUAGCAUUUCAUGAAAAAAAGUCAUACCCGAACUGAUACUUUCCUGUGUGCAAGGAAGAGGUGACGUAAAAUAAAUUUGGUCAAGAGGGUGGUAAAGCUGAUUGGAAUUCUCUCUGCAAGGUUGAAAGGUUGGAUAGACUUUUUACCAAAAAAGUGGCAAUUUAAAAAUGUAUGCCAUUUAUACACCAAUCAUAUCCUUAAUAAACUUCUGAAAAAUUUUAAGGUCAAGACGAAUUUUUUGGUUGAUACGAAGGAGUGAGGCAGACAACAGAGAAGGAAGAAUGACGUAUUCUCCACCGUUGUGAAAUUAGGUGUUGGUGGAAAUAAGCGCAUAUCCACAAUGACUUUGAAAAGUAAAGCAUGAAUCUUAAGGGCAACUCAUAACUAUUCAAUUAACUUACCUUUAUAUUCAUUGUGCGAGCGUGCCUUUAGUAAUUCAACACACAUUGCUGUUCAAGCACUAGCCAGUGCCAUAAGUUCGCAUCGUAAACACUUUUAUUACAACCUGUUUAAAUAGGACUGAACGGCACCAAACCCUGCAAAACCAACAAAGAGUUGACUUGCUUUAUAAAAGCUUAUGGUACGUGUAUAUCAUAUAUGUUUCUAAUUUACUUCUGGCCUCGGUUGUUCACUAUCCACCGGAUAAAUCUUCAUUUGUUGGAUAGCGCAGCACGUCUGUUUUUUUUUUUUUCUUUUCUUUUCUUUUUUUUUUUUUUUUUUUUUUGUAACACUUUUCUGCUGGAUAGCGUUAUCCGCCCUGGGUGUUAUGAUGUAUUUCUAAUAUUUGAGCUACCUGAUGCCAUUGCCUCCCCAUUAUUUGAUAUUCCAGCUAACUUUCGAACCUUAAAGAAAAAUCAGUGUGAUUGUCCAGUGCCCUGUAAUGCGAUUUCCUAUGAACCCUACUUGUCAUACGCUGCGUUCCCUAGCGAAGGAUAUUUGUCACGGUAUUUCAAAGCAGGGGAGAAUAACACUAACUGGACAUCAGAAAAAAUCAAACAAACACAAGAAUGGUUAAGGUAAUCGUAUGUAAAUUAAGUUUGUUGGACAAAGCCUAACGUUUAUGGAAACUAUAUAUAUAUACGGUAAAGAUUGUAACUCUGAUUGUAACUACUCACUUUUCCUGUAAACUCGAUCUUGAGGAAAAAAAAAGAUAAAAAAAUUUUGUGUCACAAUCACAGCUAAUGUAAGUAUUAAAAAUAGUAAUAAUGAUAAUAUUAACUGACCACCUCUCUUAUGGGGCUUUUCAAGGUCAAUGUAAGCAACUGAAUUGAAAUAAACAUUGUAAAAUAAAAAAAGAGUUUCAAAAUCCCACCCGGCUGUAAACAUACCAAUUGAAUAUGUAUAUAAAGCACCCAAGAAGUUGAACUCAGGGAAAAGAGAGCAAGUUUAGUAAGUAGUGGAAAGGAGGGAUUUUUCACGCUGACUGACUUAACUUUAAAGUUUAGCAAAUUUGUAUGUUAACAACUUGUUCAUUAUCACCUUUUGGUAUUUGAUCAAAUAAUGGAUUUCUAUUUAUCAAUUAUUAACUCAUUUGAUUGAACUGCAUCCACCUCAUUCUUAUUUAUUCAAUAAGUAUUUAUAUUUUUGCACUGGCAGGCAGAAUUUUCUAGAGCUGCGUGUUUAUUUCCAGGAUUUGAAUUACCAGGUUAUUGAGGAAACACCGGCCUAUGAAUUGGAAAGUUUGUUAGGUAAGUUCAUCUCUUCAUAUGUAAACAUUAACUCUCUUCUUAAUCUUUGAGGAUAAGUGUCUAUUUCAUAUUUAAACUUGUGCUUCUACUGCACUCCGUUACUUAUUAAGACGCCAUAAAUUUCACGCUAAAGCCCUGGUGCAUCACCUCGAGCCUUUGCUGUUUUCAUGCACGUGAAUGAAUUUUUUCUUUUUCUUAUUCUCAGGCGAAAUCGGCGGUCAAGUUGGUCUUUGUGUCGGUGCCAGUCUCCUGACCGUGCUAGAGUUCUGUGACGUCAUACUUGGUAUCGUAGGAAUACGAAUGGGGUUGAGAUGA